CUGGUUUGACGCUGUUUCAUGUGUUUUUGUCGGUUUUUGUCCCGUGACGCUAGUCUGCUACGUGCUAGCUCCAUAUACAGCAUGAUGUAGCAUACACUGAAAACAUGAUACAGUUUGUAUAGAAUAAACUACCGUAGCAUUUAAUGGUCAGAGGCUCGUUCAACACGACGUUUUAACCAAACGUGCACCAUGGAGAAGCAUUUCCACCUGAACACACCGCUGCUUGAGAGCGUCAGUAUGUCCAAACGCGUCGGAACCACUGUGUACCUGAAGAUGGAGAACUCUCAGCCCUCUGGCUCCUUCAAGAUCCGUGGCAUUGGACACCUCUGCAAGCAGCUUGCCAGACAGUCCAAAGGAGUUGUCUGCUCUUCAGGUGGUAAUGCAGGUAUGGCUGCCGCCUAUGUAGCCAGAAAAAUGGGUGUACCAGCCACCAUCAUAGUUCCUUCCUCCUCUCCUCAGCUGGUCGUUCAGAGACUCCAGGAUCAGGGUGCUACGGUCAAGAUGAUAGGCAAGGUUUGGGAUGAUGCCAAUGCAGAGGCUCUGAGACUGGCAGAAACUGAAGGACUCACCUAUGUUCCUCCAUUCGAUCACCCCCUGCUCUGGCAGGGCCAUGCCUCCAUGAUCUCAGAGGUCGCAGCCUCUCUGGGUCCCAGUGUGAAGCCUGGAGCUGUGCUGGUGGCCGUGGGUGGAGGGGGGCUCCUUUGUGGCGUCAUCCAGGGCCUGAAGGACGUAGGCUGGACAGAUGUACCCAUCAUUGCCAUGGAGACAGUGGGGGCAGAUUGUUUCAACGCUGCGGUUAAGGCAGGGAGGGUGGUCACCCUGGAUGACAUCACCAGUGAGGCUAAAUGUCUCGGAGCAAAGACAGUCUGUGAGAAAGCUUUUGAAUACAGCCAGUGCAGCGAGCUUACAGUCAUUUCUGAACUUGUGACUGACCAGCAGGCUCUGCAUGCUGUGGAAACAUUCCUGGAUGAGGAGCGUGUGCUGGUGGAGAUGGCAUGCGGAGCAGCUCUGGCAGCUGUCUACAGCGGGCUCAUACACAGAUUACAGGAUGAAGGUCGGCUGCCAGCUCAGCUGGGCCCCCUGCUGGUGAUUGUGUGUGGUGGCAGCAGUGUCAACAUGGAGCAACUGACCUACCUCAAACACAAACUGCACACUUAAAGUACUGUAUGUAUAUAAAUGUGUCUUUAUGAGUGCAUAGCAAUAAAUGUGUGUCUUUGUGACAGGCCAACAGAGGGCUACAACACCUAGAAGAACUGAAUGGAUGAAUGAAUGAAUGCAUAAAACAUACAAGCACUACAGAAACAUCUCAUUUCUAGAGGCAAAGUUGUUUGCAAUGUUGGUGAUUAAGGAUAAAGUGAUUCCCCUGGUACUGCAGUGUCAUUUUUAAGUUGCAGAACAUAUAAUAUAAAAAACAAUAAACACAAAUUUUUUCACUUAUACAUAAGUGAGUGUCAUGCAUGUGAACAUAUUUGCAUGCUCAGCUCAGUGAAGUGUGACAAUUGUAUUACUUAGGUUUCCCCACAUGGUGGUGUCACAGUUCACUAUUCACAAAUACACCGGCCCUCCACAGAGUCUGACUCAGAAAACUUCAUAGCAAAAAAAAAAAAAAAGCUUUUGUCUGCUUCAAACUGAUAAAUAAUGGGCUGUAUAAUUAAUGUGAUUUGUUUAUUUAUUUAUGAAUUAAUUGUAUUUCAGUAGUCUGGGGCAUAACACAUAUGGUGUUGCUCUUACAUUUCAUAUUGGUACAGGGACACUACACCCAAACACUUGUGCAUUUCAGUCCUCUCUUGGCCUUUUUAUGGUUGCAUUUGUAGCCUUGGAUUGUUCUCCAGUGCAGUAAUAUAGUUCAGAUGACAACAUCGGACCUUCACCUACACAUUAAAUAUAGUAGUCCUGUCAAUUUAUGUGAUGUGUAGGAAGUUAUUACUAUGGAAACAGCUCCUCACUGUUCUGCCUGCGUCAGUGAAGUCAGGGGGAAAGUGCUGGGUUUGACAGCCUGUUGAUAUUCUUUGUCCUCUUAACUGUCAGACAGUUGCAUAAGGUGUUCUGUUCACAAAGAGUACAAACUUUAUAGCUUACAUUGUAAUCACUUGCUCUAUUACACGCCUAUUAAAAAGCAUCUCAAAUGAUGAAUUGAUCAAAACAACAGCAAAUAAGAAAUGAAAAAAAAAAUAUAUAUAAUAAAAGAAAAAUAUUUGACGAGUUCUGUGAUGACAAUAAAGA